AUGCUGCGCAAGGCGCUGAUGACGACGCAGGCGGAGCCUGUGGACGUCUCCCAGGCCAAGGUGACGGUGGUAGGCGUGGGUGCCGUGGGCAUGGCCUGCGCCUUCUCCGUCAUGGUCGAGAAGUCUGCUGCAUUGUUUACCAAAGAUACGGCAGGUCAAAAAUAUUUGGAAGCUAAUAGAAAUUAUAUUGAUCAACUAUCAGCUAAACUGGAAGGCCUCCAGGUAGGAGACUGCGCGUCGCAGCGCCGCCGGUGCGCACAGGUUCCCAUCGCGCGCAGAAGCCCACGCACGCACCGCGAGAGAAAUGGCGGCCAUCCGUCAGGCGGCCUAAUGGCCGGCAACGGCGCUCCCCCAGGCGUCCGCGCAGCCACGUUCACGACGCCGCACCUCCGGGGGCGACGCACCCGACAAUGA